CACAGUUAUUUCCGUGUCCCGAAAGUGAGUCUCAAGUUUGGAGCUGAACCUGAAGGCCAACGAACCACCUUCUUCUUCCUCAAAAAAUGCCCAAAAAUGUUUUUAAUUUCUCUGAAACCUCCUCCACCUCCGCCCCUCUUCCUCCACCUCCACCUCCACCUCAAACCCCAACACGUACUUUCCCCUCUCCCCAAACCCAAACUCCCACUCCUCAAAUCGCAUAAUUCCACAAAUGUUCCCUCCCUCCUCCCCACCACCCCACCAAACCCCACAAAGCGCCACCCUUUCUCUCAAACCCUCCACUCCAUCACCUCCCUCAAACCAUACAUUCUCUCCCACCGUCGCCCAAUCCUCCUCGGCUGGUUCUGCAGCCUCGUCUCCGUCUACUCCCUUUCGAAAACCGUCACCAAAAUGGGCAAAUUCUCAGCCUUUAUCGGAAAUUUGGACCCCGCCGCGUUGAGAAACGAGGGCUUGGCCGUGGGGGUCUUGGUGCUCGCCAGGCUUGUUGCCGUGUACUGGCAGCAGGCGUUUCUCUGGGACGCAGCGCUCAGCGCCGUUUACCGGGUUCGGGCUGAAGUGUUUGAAAGGUUUCUGGGGAGUGACUUGGGGUUUUUUGAAGGCUCAGGCGGUGUUUCGAGUGGAGACGUAGCUUAUAGGAUCACUGCUGAGGCGGCGGAUGUUGCUGACACUGUCUAUGCUCUUCUCAAUACCAUUGUACCCAGUGCUCUGCAGUUGUUAGCAAUGGCUGCGCAGAUGUUGUCUAUCAGCCCUUUGCUGUCUUUGAUUUCAGCUCUGGUGAUUCCAUGUAUGGCUCUUGUCAUUGUCCGUCUCGGUGUGAAGCUCCGAAAGAUAUCUAACAAGGCCCAACUUACCAUUGCUGCUCUCUCAGCGUAUCUCAAUGAGGUCCUCCCUGCAAUUCUUUUUGUGAAAGCAAACAAUGCUGAGUUGUGUGAGAAUGCUAGGUUUAGGAAGUUUGCCUACGCUGACCUCUCUGCACAUUUGGAAAAGAAGAAGAUGAAGGCGCUUAUUCCUCAGAUAACACAGAUUAUAUAUUUUGGAGUGUUGUUUGUGUUGUGUGCUGGUUCACUGGUGUUUUCUCGCGGCACUUUUGACAGCUGUGACGUGGUUUCAUUUGUAACGGCAUUGGUUUUUCUAGUUGAGCCAAUUCAGGGUGUUGGAAAAGCAUACAAUGAGUUGAAGCAAGGAGAACCAGCUAUUGAACGCUUGUUUGAAUUGACCAGGUUCAAAUCGAUGAUAAAGGAGAAACCAGAUGCUGUUGAUUUAGACCGCGUUACAGGAGAGGUCAAAUUUUGUGAUGUAUCAUUUAAAUACGGGGACAAUAUGCCUUAUGUUUUGAAUGGAUUGAAUCUGCAUAUUAAAGCUGGAGAGACAGUUGCUUUCAUUGGGCCCUCUGGAGGAGGAAAGACAACCCUUGCAAAACUACUUCUUCGACUUUAUGAUCCUGUAUCAGGUUGUAUACUUAUUGAUAACCACAGCAUCCAAGACGUCAAGUUGACAAGUUUAAGGAGACACGUUGGCCUCGUUUGUCAGGAUAUCACACUAUUUUCAGGAACAGUCGCUGAAAAUAUUGGGUAUAAGGAUCUCAUGACAAAUAUUGACAUGAAAAUGGUCGAGGAUGCAGCGAGAACUGCAAAUGCAGAUGAAUUUAUUAGAAACCUCCCUGAAGGGUAUGAAACCAAUAUAGGACCAAGAGGCUCAAGUUUGAGUGGAGGUCAGAAGCAAAGACUAGCUAUUGCAAGGGCACUCUAUCAGAAUUCUUCUAUAUUGAUUUUGGAUGAAGCCACUUCUGCUUUGGAUAGCAGGUCUGAGUUGUUGGUCCGAGAAGCUGUCCAACGCUUGAUGGAAAAUCAUACGGUCCUGGUGAUUGCCCAUCGGUUAGAAACGAUACUGAUGGCUAAACGAGUGUUCCUUUUAGGUGACGGAAAACUUGAAGAGGUAACUCGCUCGAGUCUCUUGGCUGGUCAGCAUGUGUCAUGGGGCUCGUGACCCGAUUACCAUGGCAACAAGCAGUGGCAUACACAUGGAUCAUGCCCAAGCGAGAUUUUCUGAUUUUGCGUUACAUACAGGAUUCCAGGUCGCUCUUUUCAACAAUAAUUCAGAAAAAUGGAAAGCAAAGGCACUCUGGCUAUGCAAUUCAAAUUACUUGUUUGUAAUAUAAACAACUUUCUCCAAAAAUAUCAAUCUAAUUAUAUUACCAAUGA